CAUGCGUGAUAAACCAUAACAGGAGUAUACAAAUAUCACAGUGUUGUACACAUCGCUGGUAUUAACAGUCCUCCGAUAAAGUUAAUUAAAGAAUUUUCGAAUGUGGGACUUUUUAAAUUGCCGCAUUACAGGAUCUCUGAAAAACGUGUUGAUUAAAAACGAUGAACAUUAUAUCGAUGUUUCGUAAAGGAUAACUGGACUCGAAAAUCAUCGGGAGUAUUCGGGGUUAAAAGUGAACCGUCCAAAUACGGAAUCUAUUUGACGCACGACCGCCAAAUACGGUACAAUCUAUGGGAUGUUCACGUGGUACGGAUGAUGAUACUUGAUAAGACGAUAUAAAUAGACUGUACAACAGAACCGCGAGGUCCAGGACAGUAUUCGGUUCAGCGUUGAGAUCAGUGCCGUUGUUCACGCCAUGCAGAUAGAGCGGGGAACCACUGCCCUCUACGUGUCCUCCAAGGGCGACCCCUUUGUACGCCCGCGUCUCCUCAACUUCUACCGCGACACAGACAAUGCCCUUGGCGGCCUGUCAAAAUGGAUUAACAUCGAUUCGAACGAAUUCUUUCAGACGAAGGCAACUUUUCAGCGCCAUAUAAGCGACUUCAGAUCUGAACUCAACCCCCUUAACGCAACCCUACGGCAAGUUAUCAACUUUUACAGCAAUCACAUCGCAAUAUUCAUCGCAAUGAUAGGACAGAGCUUGAACCUUCGUAAGCCGUUCAAUUUUUGGACGGACCUUGCGUCCUAUCAGAACCUGAUCUUGAGUAAGGAACAGGCCGGCACAGAAAGGGCAUUGGGAAGCACCUACUUUGCUCGAGGUCAACUUCCAGGCGUUGACCUCUUGUGGUACAAUGAGAAGCGCGUUUUGGGAUCUUACUUCCUUCAGCAGAGCCGCCAGUACUCCGAGUUCACAGACUCAAGCAUGGAGUCCAUGUAUGACGGUACUGAUCUAAAGUCCAGAAUCAUUUUGAUGCAGCAACAGAUUCUAGACAACGCAGUAAUGACGCCUUCUGUGGUGGCUGGGGCUGUCUGGUUCGAUAAUAUGACGGAAUAUAUAAAUAUCCUGAAAAGUCUGCACGACAGUCUUGCAAAUAGAAUCGUACAUGAAGCUGAAGAUGAAAACUCUUCUGUAAACGAAGCCUUAACGAUAAGCGCAGUGGAGUUUGCCGUCGCUAUAGUAAUAGUGCCCAUCAUCAUCAUCUUGGUCCGCAACAUAAUCAGAAAGAUACAUAAUUUUUCGCAAGAAUUGAAGGAGAAAACCUGUGAGCUCGAGGCAGAGAGACUGCGAACUGAAGAGCUUCUGUACCAGCUCUUGCCAAGAACGGUUGCUAAGCGUCUCAUGAAAGACGGGAGCACAUUGCCAGAGUCAUUUAAUUCCGCAACCAUAAUGUUUUCAGAUGUUGUUGGAUUUACUACCAUUGCAAGUUCAAUAACGCCGAUGCAAGUGGUUAACUUGUUGAAUAGACUCUACAUGACUAUUGAUACGCGGCUAGAAAACUUCGACGUUUACAAAGUUGAGACAAUUGGAGACGGCUACAUGGUAGCUUCAGGAUUACCCAACCGAAACGGCGAGAAGCACGUGGCAGAGAUUGCAAAACUGUCUCUUGAUUUACUCGCAACAAUAGAAACAAUGUAUAUGCCACAUAUACACGACAAGAAGAUCAGUUUACGAUUGGGGUUCAACACUGGACCAGUGGUAGCGGGCGUGGUUGGGUUAAAGAUGCCGCGCUAUUGCAUCUUUGGUGACACGGUAAACACCGCCUCGAGAAUGGAGUCGACAGGACUACCAUCGCGAAUACAAAUGACAGAGUCAUCUGCUGCUAAAUUGACGCAUAUCGGAGGGUUCAUAAUAGCAGAGAGAGGCACAGUGGACGUAAAGGGAAAAGGAACCAUGAGGACAUUUUGGCUUGAUGGAAUCUCUUCACAACAAGUCGCCAACGGAACCACUAAUGCGCGCCCGAGCGUUGAAGAAAAAUCACCGAUUUCUGCGGAUAUUACUUUAUCUUCAAUAAAAGAAUCCCCAAGCUACACAGACAAGCAAUUAAUGAAGUACUGAAAAACAUAUUGCUUGUGUGGGAUAUAUGAAAACAUGGUCGGGUAUUAACCUUUCCAUUAAAUACUACCGGAUUUUGUCCCAGUAACGCUUCAGAUUAUGUUAUACAAAGACGGUUUAUACAAUAAAGGAACAGUAACUACAAGGGCAUCAAGGACUGUUAUUGUCGGAACGAAUAGUGUUAAGUAUAGUAUAGAUUUUCGUUUUUGAGCAAACAUUGAUCCCGAUUAUUAUUAUGUACGGACUGUUCGAUGGUAAAAACUGUAACAUGGGGCCUAAAUACUUGUAAACCCGUAUUCACUUAACCAUUCUUAGGCGUAAAUAUAAAUCAUAGACACAAGAUAUCUUAUUUACGAGUUUGAAGCGAUGCAUGCUAUCAAAGGAGCUUAUGUCAUCAGCACACUUUUCUAUAUGAAGUAGGCUAAAAUUCGAUGUGUCAUUUGUCGAGUUAGCCUCAACAAUUAUGAUUACUUAGAAUCUUAUAUUUUAGAGAAUAUUUUUUAUUUUUAUACUUUAAAACACAAAUUAGGUUGGUGAAUAAACUAGUAGGCAUAAGUUCAUGCACAUUUAAUUGUUUGACGAUUAUCCUUAGUUAAACACAAAGGUAGAAUUAUGGAAGAUCGUAAAUAUGUUAUUACAUCAGUCAAACCUGAACGCAUAUUUACAGACAAACACAGACCAAAAACAAUCACAAUAUAUUCUGACGAUGAAUGAGUGUCAACAUGUAAGUCUGAAGUAUUUUGUUUCAAGUUGUACUUCCAAUCGAUGUGGUCGUUAAACAAACUUGUAAUCAAUAGUUAAGUCAGUAUCAUUUUCAUUUGUUCUAGGGUCAUGCUGUUGUUGUGGUUAAAAUAGCUUAUUCCACCGAAUGGAAUUAUUUGCAACGGUGUUUUAUUAAAAUGUACAAUACAAUUGGCAAUAGUUUGCGCUGACAAUGUUUACCGAAUCUAAGAAUAUGUUUAAAACCACAUUAAUAUCUGAUACAACGAUGACAUCGAUCCAAUCAACUUCAACUUAUAUUAAUGUAUCUAUAAAAUAUUAACAUAACCAAUGAAUACAAUUAUUAGAUAUGUUCUUAAGAAUUAAAAAAUGAAACAAGUAAUAAAUGAAUGAUGAAACAUCGAGGAAACAGUACGUUUAUAUACAUCAAGGGAAAAGUCAUUUACGAGACGACAACACAAAAUUCUACAUAGAUAUCCGACCUGCGUCGACAUUGCAAUAAUUUGGUCAACAAGCUUAUAACUGUCACAAAGUGUCAAAAUAAUGGUAAAUCGAUUGCAAUUCCACCCCCCAUAAUCAAUUAUACAAACAACGUAAAAUAGUAAAAUAUGUAAUUUUAGUCGAGUAUAUUUUGCAUAUUUAUUCAAAUAUAGUAAUGUUAGGCUUUGUCUACUGAAGUACACGUUUUUUGGUAAUUGAUAAUGUAUUGAAUUUAUUGCCCAUGUGAAAAUAAAUUCGGUAAAUGAUCUUACUAGAAGUAUGCUCCAUUAUUCAUAAUAUAAACAUUAAAAACCAUAUUUAAAAAAAUAAAACAUAUAAAUUUCUAAUAUAUCAUCGCAUAUAUUAUAACUUCACGCAAUCAGGUUUACAUGAUUGGCAAUUAAACAUUAAACUUAAAAAAGUAUAAUUCACUUGAUUCAAAAUAGUCAUGUGUACAGCGAUGAAGCUCUAGAAACUAACGACUUGCUUUUGUUAAGAUUUUAUCACGAUGUUCACAUAAUGUAUGACAAUAACCUAGGCAUACACACCAAUACUGAUUUCGUUGAUCAAUAUAAAGUCAAUCGUACUAUGCAGGAAAUAUAUAAAUGGUAGGCAUACUUUCGCGCCUCUAUUUUAAGUCCCUUAAAGACGUAUCAUAAUUGUUCAAAACGUCAUUGAGCAGGCCCCUGGUCACACCUGACAUAUCCGAGAGGUACCGGACAUAUCCGAGAGGUAUCCAAAAUAAGCCUUUGACGUGACGGCACUUUUCGCUUUUAGAAUCUGUGUGUGUUAAAAUAAAUUUAGUUUUAAGAUUUUCAUGUUUGGGUGGAAAGUGUCGUCCUGUACAUGUAAUGCCAGUGCGGAGACUUUAGUAUCAUAAAUUAAACACAUGAUAACUGUUCUGUCUUGAUUUUGCAUUAAGCGUAGUUCAACGGUUAUUUUGAGUGAUUAACUGAAUCACAUGUCUAAACAAUUUGUUUUCUUUGGUAAAUCAUAAAAUCAUUUAUGAAUGCAAAUCAGAGAUGAUAUUUUCCAAGAUUGUGUCUUCUCAAGAAAAAAAUGUAGUUUAACAAUUAGUUCUUAGUCCAAUCCCGUAAUUUUUUUGAAUAACGGUUAUAGGUUGUCAGAAAUAUCAGUUUAACGUAUCGGCUACAAACUCUGUAACUACUGCGAUUCAUGAAACGUGAGGUAUGCUGAUUUAUUCGUUAUUAAUUUGAGUUAAUAAAAAAUGUGUGUAGCCGAAUAUGUAUAAGACAACUAUGAUAUUUGAAACGCUUCUCUUACGUAUAUAACCUCACGUCGAUUAAACGUUUUAUCACAGUCACGGAAGAAUAAAACAGCUACAUUUUUAAUGGAACUUUACAACAAUGGCAAGCUUUAUGUAAUCGCCGGUUUUAAUUUUUCAAUUUUAAAUAGUAUUAAAAUUAGUUGUGUUACAAAUUUGAAAACUACAUAAAAAGUAGAAAAUAACACAUCAACUACUAAUUGCAAUAACGACCCAGUAAGCAAACUUUAAUCAUUCACAAGCAUGAUAUAAAACAUUCGCUCCUUUUAGGUUUUAUCAUGAUUAUGGAAAGAAAGUCAUUGAAAUAAGUUUCAACUUAAAAUGAAAGUAUAAUUAGUAAAAUAAUUAUGCUGAUUAAUCAUAUGUUAUGAUCUAUGUGCCUACCUUAUUGCAGUUUAGUACAAGCUGAUUGUAAUAGUUACUAAAAUCUGUCAUGAUAUACAUGUGUGUAUUUUUCCCCAGUGUGAUCGUAAUUUACCUUAUAAGUUGGGGCAUUAAAGUAUCUUUACUUAUUGAUAAUGUUGUUUGUUUAUUUGUUCUGCCUGCAAACGAAUUCUUAAACAAAAUACCAAAAUAUAUGUGCAACUUAGACACGAAUUGAAAUAGCAUAAAUCCGAUAAAAAAGGAGACCCAGCAUUCAUAAUAACGUCAUACAAAAACACAAAGAACAUCUCUUUAAAUACUGUAUCAUUGUAUCUAGCAUGUAUAUUUUGUAAUACGUUACUUUGCGUUUCUAGCAAGUAUGAAGGAUGAACCUUCCUUUUCCAUAGACCAUUUUCGUGUUAAUGGCGAUGGCUGCAACCUACUCCUUCUAUUGAUGACAUAUUUGCUAUUGUUCGUGUGGAUAGUAUUGCAUGUUUAUGCGCAUGUUUUAAACAUCAGUUGCGGUAUUUAACA